UUCUUUCUGUGUCUCUGCUCUGGUGGACACAUGCUAAGCUAAUGCUAACAGGGGGAGCCGGCGGACCGACGUGAAGCUGCUAGUUGUUUCUGUCUGUAUUUAAACUGAACGUAGUUUCUUAAGGCAGAGUCAAAAACAAAAUCGGUGAAACUUAUCGAAUAAAAACAUACUCGGUGUCGGCAGGUGCAGAGCAGCUGAGCCAGGCUAAGACCAGGGAAGUUCUGGACGGUUCUGUUAGCUGAAGCUAAGCUAGCCGAGGUUCUGUGAACAGGUGAAACACCUGGGCAAAGACACAGGAAGUUUGGUCCGUCUCCCGUAACAAUCAGUAACAGAUCGAUCAGUGGCUACCGUUACUGGACUCACGUCAUUAAUGUUAAAUGUGACUGUGAGCCAAUCAGAGAGCCCCAUCCGGCGCGAUAUUUGUUCUUAACCGUCCCCUUUAAUAAAGACAAACUUUAUUUAUACAUCGCUUUACAAAGUGACGUUUGAUCCGAUAUGUGUCUCCUGUUCACCGACAACGGGCGUUCCAACCUGUGAGGCGGACUUGGAGGGCCCCCUCCUGCCAGCUGGAUCCGUCUGUUACUGACAGUUCAGUAAGAAGAUGUUGUCUAUGAAGCGCAAGCGUCCGACUGCGGCAGCUCCAGGGGAGGGCCGGCUCUCAUCAUGGAGAAUGGACAGAGCACCACCACCACCAAGCUGGGCCUGCCACCACUCACCCCCAACCAGCAGGAGGCACUGCAGAAGGCAAAGAAGUACGCCAUGGAGCAGAGCAUCAAGAGCGUUCUGGUCAAACAGACUCUGGCUCAGCAGCAGCAGCUCACCAGCCUGCAGAUGGCGUCUCUGUCGAUGGGUCUGGGCGACGCCCUGUCUCCUCUCCAGUCAGUUGCAGCUCAGCGGCAGAGAGCUCUGGCCAUCAUGUGUCGAGUUUACGUGGGCUCCAUCUACUACGAGCUGGGAGAGGACACCAUCCGACAGGCCUUUGCUCCGUUUGGACCAAUCAAAAGCAUCGACAUGUCCUGGGACUCUGUCACCAUGAAACACAAGGGUUUUGCCUUUGUGGAGUACGAGAUGCCUGAAGCAGCUCAGCUGGCCCUGGAACAGAUGAACUCCGUCAUCCUUGGAGGCAGGAACAUCAAGGUUGGGAGGCCCAGUAACAUUGGCCAAGCUCAGCCGAUCAUUGAUCAGCUGGCAGAGGAAGCACGUGCCUUUAACAGGAUCUACGUGGCAUCCGUGCACCCUGACCUCUCUGAUGAUGACAUCAAGAGUGUCUUUGAGGCCUUUGGAAAGAUCAAGUCCUGCAUGUUGGCCCGAGAGCCAACAACCGGGCGGCACAAAAGCUACGGUUUCAUCGAGUACGAGAAGGCUCAGUCUGCGCAGGACGCCGUGGCCUCCAUGAACCUGUUUGACUUGGGGGGUCAGUACCUGCGGGUGGGGAAGGCCGUGACUCCUCCAGUACCCCUCCUUACGCCGACGACUCCUGGAGGUCUCCCAGCUGCCGCUGCUGUUGCAGCCGCCGCCGCCACCGCCAAGAUCACUGCUCAGGACGCGGUGGGAACAUCGGUGCUCGGAGCUCUUGCUGGACCAGCGCUCCUCUCUCAGCAGCUGGGAGGACUUCCUCAGGCUGUCAUGGCUGCUCAAGCUCCAGGUGUGAUUACAGGUGUCACUCCGGUGCGACCCGGCCUGCCUCAGGUGGGUUUGGUGAACCCGGUGCUGGCAACACCCCCGGCACAGGCGGCCUCUUGCGCCUCUGAGGUGAAGAGGACAGAGGUGGAGGAGCGUCAGCAGGACGCACAGCAGGACGGCGCCAUGGAGCCGCUCAGCGAGCAGGAGCACAUGAGCAUCAGCGGCAGCAGUGCCAGGCACAUGGUGAUGAGGAAACUGCUCCGCAAACAGGAGUCGACCGUCAUGGUCCUGAGGAACAUGGUCGGUCCAGACGACAUCGACGACGACCUGGAGGGCGAGGUCACAGAGGAAUGUGGGAAAUUCGGCCGGGUGAAGCGUGUCAUCAUCUACCAGGAGCGUCAGGGAGAGGAGGACGACGCAGACGUCAUUGUCAAGAUCUUUGUGGAGUUUUCAGAGGUGGCCGAGAUGAACCGAGCCAUCCACGCGCUCAACCACCGCUGGUUUGGAGGACGCAAGGUGGUCGCAGAGGUGUAUGACCAGGAACGCUUCGACAACAGCGACCUGUCAGCGUAGAACACACACCCACACACUCGCUCAUUAACACAUCCACACUCGCAGAGCGUAGUGUAGUGGCCUCUUUCUAACCUGUCAGAGUUUUUUAUCUUUAUCCCCAGAGAAACCUUUCUUCUUCUUCUUCUUCUUCUUCUUCUUCUUCUUCUUCUUCUUCACUUUGUUUCUGUCCAGGAUUUGAGGGACCAAAAUGCUGCUCAUCAUGUUUUCACUACAAAUCACAAAUAUUCUCUAUUCCUGCUGAACAAAUUUUGUAUGAUAUUUGGAAGCAAACCAGCUGUCUAUCCAACACUGACAGCAGGACAACAUUAGCAGCUAAUGAACUGAAGGCCAAAGGUGUGGGACUGACGCAGGAACAGAUCGUCGAGUCUUUCACUGCUGGUGUGACAUCACUCUCACAACUGAAGAUGAUAAUUUAUUUAUUUUAGUGUCCCAUUGAGACUUUAGUGAGUGAAGUCCAAAGAGCUUGGGCUCACAUCACUUUAGUCUGAGUGUAGUUUUAAAUCUUUUGUGCCCACAUGUUGUGAAUGAGUGUGUGUUAACACACAGUGAGGGCGUCGUCAGAGGCUGCUGGUGCUUUCAGGGACACUCGGACAUCUGAAUUUGAACCUUGGAAAAUGCUUAGCAGGAGUAGACGGAUUUGAGCUAAAACAUGAACCCAGCUGUGGUCCAGAUGUUACUUUACCUGUUUAGUUCCGGACAGCAGAAACAACGCACCGCACCAUCAUCCAAACUACAACUGACGUUGGUCUGUCCUCGUGGUUUUAUUAUAGCGACAUUCUCUGAACGCUGCGGGAAUGUUUGAGCCUCGAGCGAUCACACGUGGAUUCUCUGACAAACAAAACGUGGAAGGAACUUCACAGGUUGGCGGUGUGUUCAGGUGUCACACUCAGAAAUAUGACAAUAAAACCUUUCUUUUUUUGAUUUUUACAA